AUGUCAACUCAAUACGCCACAGAGCCGAAUCCCACCGCAUCGGCAACAUUAAAUACAACCGUUGGCGCCAUUCACAUCUCUCUCUUCGCAAACCAAACUCCUCUUACCUGCAAAAACUUCCUCCAACACUGCAAGGACAACUAUUAUGAGGGAACAAUCUUCCAUCGUGUUGCACCUGGCUUCGUCAUUCAAGGUGGUGACCCAACAGGUACAGGCUCAGGCGGCACAUCAAUCUACGAGUACCCGGAGUUUGAAUACGAUCCCGAAGCCCGCGACCCGAACGAACGAGUUGUGUUACGAAAUGAGCUGCACAGUCGAUUGCGCUUUAACCGGCGCGGGCUGAUCGGCAUGGCCAAAAGUGAGGAUGGCACAUAUGGCAGUCAAUUUUUUAUCACCCUCGACAAUACCGAAAGGGAGAUGAAUGGACAGUGUACGAUGUUCGGCAGACUGGAGGGAGACAGCAUAUUUACGGUCUUGAAAAUUGCGGAGGCCGAGCGCGUUGAAGGGACAGAGAAGCCGAUAUACCCUGUCAAGGUGACUUCUUGUCAAAUCGGCGAAUUGGGCCCCUUGGAUGGCAAGUUGAAGGAUAGACAGACCGUUUCAACAAGUACGGGUGACAAGCCAGCAGCUAAAAAGAAGAAGAAGAAUCCGAAGGGUGGAAAGGCUCUUCUGAGCUUUGGAGGUGAUGAGGGUGAAGAUGAUAUUCCUUUACGACCAGCAAAGCCUAAAUUCAACACGAAGCUUGUUGCCGAUGCGCCUGGUGCGAACGGUGACGCAGAAUCUAAGACCACACAAAAAGCCGAACCUAAGCAGCAACGCAAGCGACCACGUUCUCCUUCACCCAAGCGAUCGCCAUCGGCCGAGCGAAAACAACGCCCCAAGACACCUGAACCCCAAGCUCAACUCCCCAUACAAGACCCCGAAUCACCAGAACGAUCUCCUACGCCUUUAAAAGAAUCCAAACUUUCACGAACAAAUGCUGAGAUUGCGUCGCUGAAAGCAUCUAUGCGUCGUAAUGUGGAUACUGGGCCUGCUGACACGGGUCGCAAGAAGUCAGCUCUCGAAGCAAUGAUUCCCGAAACUGCAAUUCGAGGACGCAGGCGCCCUCCACCGGGCUCAAGUACUGGUGGUGGAUCGAGUGGUGGACCUCGAGGCGCCGCGGAGAACGAAGGUCUUCUGAUGUUCAAUGCUUUCAAGGCUAAGCUUGAAGGCGCAGAGAGCCGUCCUACCAAGACAUCAAAUGCUACCUCUCACACAGAGAAGGAAACAAAACACCAAGAGGAUGACGAUGACGAAGAGGCACAGCUUUGCGAUUUGCACUUCAUAGCCAACUGCCAAUCGUGUCAAUCUUGGGAUAAUGAGAACCCCGAAGCUGCAGGUGCAGAUAAUGCUGAUCAUGACGAGGAGGGCUGGAUGUCACAUGAGCUCCGCUUUGGUAAAGAUCGCCUUGGGAAAGAUCUCGAAUGGAAGAAGAGUAAUCGGGAUGACAUCGAUUCGCUUAUGGUCAUUGAUCCUCGUGAGAAAGAGAAGGAUUUGGGCUCUAGUGGUCGCAAGAAGGGUAUGCAGCGUGAUCGAGAACGCGAACGCAAGCUACAACGGACUGCAGAGAUGGAGUGGAGUCGAGAUAAGCGGUAG